AUGAGAAAAGCUUUAUAUCGAUCAAGAAAACCCGAUAAUGUUAGGAGAAAAUAUGCAGAAAAGGACAAGGAAAGAAAAAAAAAUUCUCGAUCACGAAAACCUGAUGAUGUUAAGGAAAAAGAUGCAGAAAAGGACAAGGAAAGAAAAGCUUCUUCUAGAUCAAGAAAACCUGAUGAUGUUAAAGAAAGAGAUGCAGAAAAGGACAAGGAAAGAAAAGCUUCUUCCAGAUCAAAAAAACCUGAUGAUGUAAAGAGAAUAGAAGCAGAAAAGGAAAGAAAGCGAUUAGCAUCUUUACGUCACAAGCAAACUGAUAGCACAAAGGUUGAUGAAAAACAAAAGGACAAGGAAAGAAAAACUUCUUCUAGAACAAGAAAACCUGAUUAUGUUAAAGAAAAAGAUGCAGAAAAGGACAAGGAAAGAAAAGCUUCUUCCAGAUCAAGAAAACCUGAUGAUGUUAAAGAAAGAGAUGCAGAAAAGGACAAGGAAAGAAAAGUUUCUUCCAGAUCAAGAAAACCUGAUGAUGUUAAAGAAAGAGAUGCAGAAAAGGACAAGGAAAGAAAAGCUUCUUCCAGAUCAAGAAAACCUGAUGAUGCUGGAAUCAUCCCCCUAAAGUUGAAAAGGAAAAUCCAGUAUAAAAGUCAUGUAACCUAUGAAAACAUCAGACCUAAUGUGGUACUGAGUGCUCUAGAGAUGCUAAAGCAGAUAAACAAAUUCUACAAAGACAGUCAAGAAAAUGUAGAGUGGGAGAAGCAAUGCAUGGAGGAAGAUGAAGAAAUGUGGAAGGAACUAGUACUUGAAGAGAAAGAGAGAUCUACCAAUGAUGUUCCUGCUGGGGUAGAUAGCAGUCACUUUGCUGAUGAACUACCAGUACUGUCAACUUCUACAAUGGACAUUGAUGAUGAAAAUGAUGGGGAUAAUCCUAUUUACCAGUCCAAUGAAUGUGAUAAACGAGACAGUGAACAGACCGAGGCAGAAGAUGAAGAUCCAAGAGAUCAACUACGUGGUGUCAACUUUGAUACAUGUAUCCAGCCUACAGACCCGGCCAUGAAUUCUGAUGGCAUAUUCAGUAUUGCUCCAGGUGAGGGGAAGAAACCUAUUUCAAUAAUGAUGGAUGAACAUUGUGAAGAGCAGGCCUUUCCAACCUUGUUUCCAACUGGUGAAUUUGGUUUCACUGUUGACAGAACCAUCAAGCUCUCUCCAAAGAAGUACUUCAAUGCCAGACUUUUGAAUAAAGAUGCUAGAUUUGCACAAAACAUUGAAUACCUGUUUUUCGCACAGUUUGUCACCGAGUACAAACAGGUCAUGGACAACAUUUCUAUUGCAUUACGAAAGGUGCGACUGAGCAGGGAUGAUUCUGAACAUGUGACAGCUGGCAUAGUAAAUGAUAGUGAGAAGCUCAAUCGCAUCAUUUUCAGAGACAAAGCCUAUAACAUGCUACAGACAGUGCGUGGAUCACCACCUUACUGGCAAGGAGUUAUGUACAAAAUACUAGCUGCUGUCAAACAACUUGGAAUGUUCACGUGGUUCCUCACACUAUCAGCAGCUGAUCUUAGAUGGACAGAUACACUUCAGGUGAUUGCACUUCAGCAGGGACGGACUCUCACAGAUGAGGACAUUUCUAAAAUGACAUGGGAAGAAAAGUGCAAGUUGUUGGCUUCAAAUCCAGUAACUGCUGCAAGACACUUUGAUCACAGACUACAAUGCUUCUUCAGAGAUGUGAUUCUUUCUGACUUGCAGCCACUAGGGAAGGUGACCAAUCACAUGAUAAGGAUAGAAUUCCAAGGUCGCGGAUCACCUCAUGCCCAUUGUGUUCUGUGGGUAGAAAAUGCACCAAGUCAUGAAGAUACUGAGGAAAAUAUUUCCAGAUUCAUAGAUAAGUAUGUUACUUGUCAGCUUCCUCCAUCAGAAGAUGAUGAACUAAUGCACAGCCUUGUUUCAACUCUACAGCGACACUCUCAUUCAGCCUCAUGCAGGAAGACAGGCAAGAAUUGUAGAUUUCAGUAUCCACGUCCAAUUGCUCCUGUCACAGUUGUAGCUGACACACCAAGCACAGAAGAUCUUAACAUAAGAAAACAAAUAGUAGAGGCAUCUGCUGAGACCAUGAAUAAAGUGAAAAAUGCACUGGAUGAAACCACUGAAGAGGGAUUAUCAGUGCAAGAUGUACUCAGUGAUGUGAACACCAGUGAAGAUGAAUAUCUAGAUGCAUUACGUGUCAAUUCCAAUGGAAAAUCCAUCAUGUAUGCAAGAACACCUCAAGAAACCAACAUAAACACAUACAACCCAACUCUCCUGAAAGCCUGGCAGGCAAACAUGGAUAUUCAGUAUGUGUGCAAUCCUUAUGCAUGUAUCCAUUACAUUGUAUCAUACAUUACAAAGGAUGAAAGAGAAAUGGGGCUAGCACUGAGGGAAGUCAGUAAAGCCUUCCGUGAUGCAGACAUUAAGAAAAGAAUGAAGCAUAUAGCUUCAUGCUUUCUAAACGUUCGUGAAGUGAGUGCACAAGAAACUGUCUAUCGUGUCUUAGGUCUACCACUGUAUAGGUCUACAUUUCAAACAGUGUUCAUCCAGACUGAUCUACCAGAGAACAGGGUAGUGUUCUUGAAACCAAAGUGUGUUCUACAAGGAAUGGAUGCAGAUAGUGAAGAUGUGUAUGCACAAACAUUCUCACAGAAGUAUGAGCAUCGGCCAACAGAAUUAGAGCAAUUGACACUAGCCGAGUUUGCAAGAUGGUACGUCCCUUCCUACAAAACUGAUGACAUGGAAACUGAGAAUGAUUUCCAACCGAAUCAACUCAAAGAAUCAUCGACUUCGAAACAAACUAUCAAAUUAACAGACAAAAAAGGCUACAUGAAGAAGCGUAACAAGCCUUGUAUUGUCAGGUAUCACAAGUUCAGUGAAAAUCAAGAAGAAGAGAGAUAUUGCCACCACAUGCUGAUGCUGUACCUACCAUGGCGAAAUGAGGAAACUGACCUCAAGAACAAUCAUCUGACUUAUGCUGAUCAUUAUCACACGAUAUCAGAUCAGAUUGAGUCAAAAAGAUCAGCAUUAGAAUCGUUCACAGAAAUCAUUGAAAAUGCUCUUGAACGACAUGAAGAAGAGGGGCCUCCUGUUCAUGCCUGGGACACGCUAGAUACAGGAACUCAACAAGAAAACGCGGAGGUCAAUGAAGAACAGUGUCAAAUACACCCUGAAUACAGCUUCCUUCAACCGAGCUCUGAACACACAGACACAGACAUAAAAGAAUCUGAAAUAUGUGCAUCACUACCUUUGGCUGUGGAAUGUCGACCUGAAUAUCUUAUUGAUGAGAUAUAUAGAAGUAAAGUUCAAUCUCUCAACCAGGAACAGCGCAAAGUGUUUGACUACAUGCAAAACUGGUGCACUGAUAUCAUGAAAAGUGGCAAGACAACCUGCAAAGCCAAAGCCAUACACCUCUUUGUAACUGGAGGAGCAGGAACAGGAAAAUCUCAUCUGAUUUUAGCAAUUCACCAAAUGGCUCUACGUACCUUGCAGAGGGAAGGAACCAAUCCUGAUGCACACAGAGUACUGUUGACAGCACCUACAGGAACUGCUGCAUUCAACAUUCAUGGAAGUACUUUGCACUCACUGUUUCUCCUUCCUCUUGGCCAAACUAAAGGAUACAAAAAGUUGAGUGAUGAAAAAAGGAACACACUUCGAUGCAAACUACAAGAUCUUGAAAUCCUGAUCAUUGAUGAGAUAUCAAUGGUAGGAUGUGACAUGUUGAUGACAAUAGAUCAGCGUCUAAGGGAAAUAAAAGGUACAGACAUCAUCUUUGGUGGAAUAACAGUCUUGGCCUUCGGAGAUUUGUACCAGUUAGCCCCAGUGUGUCAGCGAUUUGUCUUUCAAGAAGUAAAAGACCUGUUCGCUAGAUUGGCAGGAUCUCUAUGGCAGGACAAUUUCAUGAUAGCAGAGCUCACAGAAAUCAUGAGACAAAAAGAUGAUAAAGAAUUUGCAGAACUUCUGAACAGAAUAAGAGAAGGUGUCCACACAGAAGACGAUGUAGCAAAUUUGCAGCAAUGCUGUAUCUCGUCAGAAGACAAAAUUGAUUUGUCAGAUGCACUGCAUGUGUACUCAACGAACGCAAAGGUUGAUGCAUACAAUGAGGACAAACUUGCACACCUGAAAGGAAGAAUUAGGAAAUGUGUUGCUAUAGAUAGGAAACCUAAUACCCUGAAAGGUCAUGAAAUGAACAAAGACUCACGUUUCACUGGUGGAUUGCCAGCUGUCCUAGAAUUGAAGAUAGGGGCAAGAGUAAUGCUCAUUAGGAAUAUUGAUGUGAACGAUGGUCUUGUAAAUGGUGCAUUAGGAACAAUUGUCAGCUUCAAUGAAUUCAAUCCCUCAGUUACCAGUCCUAAGGAAGUCUUAGUCCAGUUUGACAAUCCAAGAGUUGGGGCAAUGGCUGGAGAAAAGACUUCUAUGAAUAAGGCUCAACACCCUACUGCAGUCCCUAUUGGUGUCAUAGAAGCAAAAUUUUCAAUUUCAGCACGUAAUCCCGGACUAGAAAUAAAAAGGCAACAAUUUCCUCUUCGACUAUCAUGGGCCACCACUAUACACAAGGUGCAAGGACUCACUGUCAAGGAUAUAGUAGUAUCUAUGGAAGGGAAGUUCAAUGAUGGACAAUGCUACGUUGCUUUGAGUAGAGUACCAAAGAUGUCAGGUCUUCAUCUUUUGCAGCUCACACCAAGUAAGAUUAAAGCAAGCAGAGCUGUGACCAAAGAGUUGAUGAGAAUGAGCAAUGAAAUGUCAUUUCAAUUCUUCCAUGAUGAAAUUGAGACUGCACUCAAGGAUCCUUGCCAAACACAAGUCAUUGCUGUGCACAAUAUAAGAUCGUUACCUGCUCAUUACGAUGAUCUCAAGGGACUUCCAUUCCUUGACAAAUGUACUGCUGUGUGUCUUACAGAAACCUGGCUUCAAUCACAUCACACUGCUUCCACGUACAAUUUGCCAAGCUAUCACCAAUUACGCAGAGAUAGAUCCAACACAGAGAAGGGUGGUGGUCUGUGCAUGUAUAUCAGCUCAUCUGUAAGGUAUCAGACCUUGGAUUCAUCACGAGACAAACCUGGGAUGGAAAUUCAGAGCAUCAUCCUACAUCCAGUCAAUAGCUCACCAUUUCAUUUGGUGACCGUCUAUAGAAAUCCCAAAUCUUCAUUGGUAGAAUUUAGUGACAGAUUUAGCCUACUCCUGAGGUCAGUAGGAGCAACAGAAAUACCGGCCAUAAUUGUUGGAGACUUCAAUCUUAACCUGCUAAAAGAUCAGCAUUCAAUGGCAGUCCAGCAUGAACUGCAACACUAUGGAUUUCAGCAAUGUAUCACCAAGCCAACACAUGUCAGUGGAUCACUGCUGGAUCAUGUAUACUCCAACACACCCUGCACCACAUGGCAAACUGCAAGCUACUAUAGUGAUCAUGAUGUCAUUUGGAUCGCAGUCUAA